AUGCCAAAUCUGAACCCUUCUUCUCCCUCUUUCCUUGCAGACCUACAAACCCACUACUUCCCCGACAUUCCACACGAUCCCUCCUCCCUCUCCUGGCUUCAGCCAUCACCACCACCAAGCCCCUCCUCCUCCCACGCCCCAUCCAACCCCUCCAUAUCACCCUACCACCCAGCCAGCACCGCCACCUCCAUCUCCCCUGCUGCCCUCCGCUUCUCGCUCACUGGUACCCUCCUCGCGCCGCGCACCUCUCUCUCCAUCCCUACAACCCACGGCCUGCACCACCACGCCGCUGACCCCGAAGCCGCCGGCUACACAAUUCCCGAACUCGCGACCCUAGCCCGCUCCACCCUCCCCGCCCAACGCUGUCUCGCUUGGCAGGUUCUCGGCCGGUUUCUCUAUCGAUUAGGGGUGGGGGAGUUUGGGGAGCGUGGGAGUGCGCUCUUCGAGGGUCUGUGGGCCGUUGUGGAGCGCGAGGGUGUGGUUGUGGGCAUGUUGGCCGAGGCUGGCGGGGGAAGUAGUGGAUCGAAAAACGAAUCUACAGCUGCUACUGCUGCGAGUAAUGCGGCUAGAAUUGGAAAACAUGCCAGCGCAAGGGCGUGGGCGACUGAGGCGGUUUGGCUCUGGAGGAAGGCUGCAUACCAUUGUGCUUACACUCAUACACUCGACUCAUCAAUUAUUGAUAUACUCGUUACGCCGCCUUCUAAGCAAGUGAUAUACCAAUAUGCAACAAUCUCAUACUAUUAUCACUUCUGGUAUAAAUGUGCUACUUUGUAG